AUACAUGCCCAAAACACUAAUAACAUCCUACCACAUAGUAGUAAUGGAGAAAGAAAUGGGUGGGGACGAUACUCCAACCAGCCCCGCCCCCGGCGAUGCCACGACGAUCUCCGCCGUCCACCCCGACAUCCUCCAGACCCACAUCCUCACCCGACUGGACGGCCCAACACUCGCCUCCGCCGCCUGCGCGUCGUCCAAACUCCACGCCCUCUCCACCCAAGAAACCCUCUGGCAACAAAUCUGCCACCGCACCUGGCCCUCCACCACCGACCCACGCGUCCGCCGCCUCAUCUCUUCCUUCCCCUCCGGCCACCGCUCCUUCUACUCCGACUCAUUCCAAUAUCUCGACGGCCACCGCCGGUCAAGACCCAGUCGCCGUCCGCCGCCAGCCUACAUAAUCUCCGCUGUCGACAUACGCUACCAAAACCAACUAAUACUUUCCAAGGUCCACGUGGCGGAAACCGAGUCGGACCCAUCGCUGCCGUUCCGGGUCGAUUUGCUCGGCCCGAAGGAGGCCGCGCCAAUGCCGGUGAAUUUGGACAUCAGGGAGGACAAGUGCCUCUCUAAUCUCGAAGAGAACUUGACUCUCAGCUGGAUCCUGAUCGACCCCACCCAAACCCGGGCGGCGGACGUGUCGAGCUGGCGGCCCGUCUUGGUCAGGCGGAACUGGUUGACCAACGACGUGGAGCUCCGCUACGCGACGGUUCUCUCCGGCGGGGAGCUGGUGCAGUGUUUGGUGGCGGUCACGUGCGGGGGAGGGGGGACUGGGUUGGCGGUGGGUGAGGUGAGGUUAGACGUGGAGGAUAUGGAAAGGAAGAAGUUGGGGUGGAAGAGGUUGGGGGCGGCCGUGGAGGGUGGGAGGAAGAGGAGAGAGGGGAAGGGGGAGGAGAGAGUGAGGUACGAGGGGUGGUGGAGAGAGGAGAGAGAGAGGAGACGGAGGAAGCGGAGGAGAGAGAACAGGCGAGAUACGGUGUUGUUUGCCACCACUGUUGUCAUUCUAUUGUCUGUUUUGGUGUCUCUUUUGCUGUUUGUUGGGAUUAAAUUCUUGCAGUUACUGGUUUCACCGUUCAAUGGGUAAGGCUCCGUUCCGAAGAAAAACUCUUUAUUUUUUAAGUAGGGAAUUUAAGUUAAAAAAUUAUGAAUUUAUUAAAAUUUAAAAAUAUAUAAUAUGAAUCUUGUUUGAAAGAUCUUAUCGAAAUUUUUUAUACGAUGCAAAAAAAAUUAAAAAAUAUUUUUCAUUUACAUUAUUUUUGAGAUUGAAAAUGUAAAAUAAAUUACUUAUUUUUUAAAAAGAUUUCUGGAACGGAGUCUAUGUACUCGAUCGAAGCUCCUCCUUCAGUGUAUCAGUUCAAGUCUUUAUUGUUGGUUGGUGAGAGGAAACUUAUUCCGGCUCCAGAACUUUGGAAAGCGUGAUUGGACUUUAGCUCCGACGAAUAAAGUGUGGUAUUGGAAUUCUCCUGUAUAUGUUUCGAGUAAAACAAUUCUUUGUAUGUCUAUAAAUUGAUGAAAUGGUCAUCUUAAAUGAAAGAAAUUAACGAGAAUGUGAUUUCACAUUCUCA